AAAGGCGCCAUUACUUUACGAAGCGGAAAGGGUAGAACAUUUCUGUCGGAGUCCAAGGCUUGUGUCUGUCACUGGGACCCGCCGGCUGGAAACAAGCAAAACCCCCCACAAAAGCUCUCUUUCCAGGCGUCCAUCUUUGGAUCCGCGUCUCACGCUCGUGGAACGAAAGCCGUGCUCGCACCGUUCUCUCGUUAAACCGCCCGGAAAAAUGGCUCCUCCGUGCUACGCCGAUUUGGGCAAGCAGGCCCGUGACCUCUUCAACAAAAACUACCACUUCGGCGUCGUGAAACUCGACUGCAAGACGACCACGAAGACGGGAGUCGAGUUCAACGUGAGCGGUACCAGCCUCAAUGACACCGGCAAGGUGAAUGCGUCUCUCGAGACCAAAUACAAGGUCUCCGACCUGGGUCUGACGCUGAAGGAGAAGUGGAACACGGACAACACGCUCGCCACCGAAAUCUCCUGCGACGACCAGCUAGCCCGCGGUCUCAAGCUCGCCUUCAACGCGAACUUCGCGCCGCAGACGGGCAAGAAGUCGGGGGCCCUCAAGACCGCCUACAAGGUGGACAACAUCCACGUCAACAGCGACGUGGAUCUCGGCAUUGGUGGCCCGAUCGCGCACGCCGGCGCGGUUCUGCACUACCAGGGCUGGCUCGCGGGCGCCCAAUUGUCGUACGACGCCAACAAGUCCCGGCUGAGCAAGACCAACUUCGCGGUGGGUUACCAGGGCGGAGACUUCGUCCUUCACACCAACGUUAACGACGGUCAGGAGUUCGCCGGCUCCAUCUACCAGAGGGUCAACGAUUGCUUGGAGACCGGAGUUCAGCUCUCCUGGACGGCUGGCACGAACGCGACCCGUUUCGGGCUCGGCUGCGUGUACCAGCUCGACAGGGAGACCUCCGUGAGGGCGAAGGUCAACAAUUCGGGUCAAGUGGGCCUCGGGUUCACGCACCGGCUCCGACCGGGCAUCAGUCUGACCCUGUCGACCAUGUUGGACGGCAAGAACUUCAACCAGGGAGGACACAAGCUCGGGCUUGGGCUCGACCUCUCGGCGUGAGGUCGCCGAGCAGGCUACACCCGUACUGCUAGAUCUUCCUGCAGAACUUUUUUUCCUUGGGCCGCACCUAGCUUUCUUCUCAACCGUUUGACGUGACGAGACUUUUUUUUUUUUUUUUUUCAAUUUCGACGAGCAAGCGAAAACAACAGGGCACUUAGUCAAUAUGUAUAUCUCUUUCAGUAUUUCGUUUCUAGGCUUUUUUUUUGUAGGUAAGAGUAGUAAUUUUUUCACUGUACUUGUGCGUCUCAUAAGGAUUUUUUUCCCAUCUCUUCAGGCGUGUGUCUAAGCUAAAAAAAAAAAAAAAAAAUGAGCAUCUAGUUCAUGAAUGGUGUUUCUUUUCGUUUUUUUCUUCAUUGUAUUUUUGGAAGAGCUGUGGAUGGUAAACAGAAUAAAAGUUACUUGUGCGGUGCAAGCUA